GCUUGUUAAUUCUUUUUAAUAUAUAAUAUAUUCAUUUAUUCAUUUUGUUUCUUUCCACUUAUUACAAACCACAAAAUAUAAUAUAAAAAUGAAGAACGCCUGUGUAUUCUUUAGCCCAAGAACCGUUACUCUCUUCUUGGCACUGUUUGGAAUCACAACCCAUUUAGCCAGUGUCGGAACAACUGCUCUGUUAGCCAGUGACCUUCGAUUGACAUACUUUACCGGACUUAGUCUUUUGUCGUAUUCCUUACUGUCUAUCUAUGCCUGUUACAAUGGUGUAGCUGGUGUUAUUCAAAAAUCUCCUAGAAAGAUUGAAAUCUAUAGCUGGUACUACUGCUUCGAUACCUUGAUUCAGACCCUUUUCUCUGUUGGUGCCGUAUUCUUUACUUUCUAUGCAGACCUCGGACUCUGCCAGAACAUUUUUGAAACUAGCGACGAUGUACUCGGUAGCUAUGCAUGCGACCUUACUUUCAACAACAGUAUCUGGUUUUUAUCUGCCAUUAUACUUGCCAAUGUUCUCACAAAGGUUUAUCUUGCUUUUGUGAUCAGUAGCUGUGCUCGUGAUCUUUCGAAGCAACUGGACGAAGAACGCUUUGUUGGUUCAAAUGUUAUUGUCGUUCCAUCUCCAGCCGCUCUUGCCGCCGAUGAGGAAAAGGUUAUUUAUGUAGCCGGACACGAAUUUGUGCCGUACAACGAUGAAAAGAAGAACUAAGAAAACUAUCUAAUUAUAUAAUAUAUAUAUAUAUAUAAACCUUUUGCUUUUGCUUUUGCUCUAUUUCUUUCUCAUAAUAAUAUAAUAAUAUAAUAAUAUAAUAAAUCUUUAUCAGUCUUACUGAAUAAACCAUUAAUUAGCAUCAUC